AUCCCAAAGAAACACCAACACAACCAGAGGAGAGGAGCGAAGACGCCACGCACCACGUCAGGAGAUUUCCCUUUUUUUUCCUGCAAGAGGAAGACGACGAAGAGGAGCUCCCGAAUCCCCUCUUCUCUCGCUCGAUUCCUUGCGUGCGCGCGAUUUGAUCCCGCCCAAGUCUCUCUCUCUCUCUCUAUCUCUCUCUCUCCGGCGGUUCCUCCGAUCCCAAAUCGUUGAUUCACUCGAUGGCGGCCAACGCCGGCAGCAAGAUCCGCAACGCCAAGCUGGUUCUUCUCGGGGAUGUGGGCACGGGCAAGUCCAGUCUGGUUCUCCGGUUUGUCAAAGGCCAGUUCGUUGAAUUCCAGGAGUCCACCAUCGGCGCGGCAUUCUUCUCACAGACCUUGGCAGUGAACGACGAGACGGUGAAGUUUGAGAUAUGGGAUACAGCAGGGCAGGAAAGGUAUCACAGCUUGGCUCCCAUGUAUUAUCGGGGUGCUGCCGCUGCGAUAGUUGUCUACGACAUCACAAAUGCGGCCUCUUUUACAAAAGCAAAGAAAUGGGUUCAAGAACUUCAAGCACAAGGAAACCCAAACACAAUAAUGGCUCUUGCUGGUAACAAGGCUGAUUUGUUAGAGGCGAGGCAGGUGCCAGCAGAUGAAGCAAAGACUUAUGCUCAAGAGAACGGCCUCUUCUUCAUGGAAACAUCUGCUAAAACGGCGAUCAAUGUGAAUGAUGUAUUUUACGAGAUUGCAAAGAAAUUGCUUCAAGGACAGCAGGCUCAGAACCCACAGGGCGGAAUGGUUCUCAACCAGAGACCACCAGAGAGGACGGUGAGCGCUUCUUCCUGCUGCUCCUAAAACGCUGUGUGGAGUGUGGACUACAUGUGCCAUGGCCUGAAAUCCUAGAGGAUUAUGUAUGCAACGGAAAAUUUGUUGAAGCCUGUAGAGUAGCUGCCAUCCCAGCUGCUGUGCCUUUCACUACUUGUUUAUUGCCAUCUUCCAUCUGUAAAUGUGAAUACUAGAGUGUUACUGCAGAUAUUCACAGGUGCUGCUACAGUGUUUGUGCUCGUGCUUAAGUGUUUCUGAAAGUAGUGAAUGAAAUAGAGUAAAUCAAAGUCUAUACAGGUUCGUUUGAUUUA